CCUUCCCCCUUUUACCCUGUAUUUUCUUUGUAACGUUUAAAAUGUCCUCUGAUGACGAAGACUUCCAACAAGACGAAGAUUCUCCAUAUGAACUAGAUUCAGGUUCGGAUUAUGACGAAGAUCACAGUGCUAAAAAGACAAAGUUAACCCAUGUUAAAAAGAAAACAACUAGUUCGGGAUCGAAAACGAAUACAGAAAAGAAACCAGCUGCUACAACGAAGAAAAAAGCUGUUACUACCAAGAAAGCCACCAAUGAAAACAAGAAAAAAACGGGUACUCUGAAUGACUUUUUAACACCAACUCCUUCUCCUACAAGUGCAAAUAUAAAGAAGGAAGAAGAAGUUGAUACAGUAAUGGAAGAGAGCAAUAAUACUGAAGCUUCUCCCUCUCCGACUCCUACAAAGAAAACUGGCGUAUACGAUGAAAAACGAACAAUUGAAGAAAUCUAUCAAAAAAAGACACAACUUGAACAUAUCCUUCUACGACCAGAUACAUAUAUUGGUUCAACAGAAGCGGAAGAACAAGAGAUGUGGGUAUACGAUACAGAGAGCGAUAUGAUUGUAAAGAAGAAAAUCAAAUAUGUCCCUGGUUUAUAUAAGAUUGUAGAUGAAAUUUUAGUCAAUGCUGCUGAUAACAAGAUUCGUGAUCCAGCUAUGACAACUAUCAAAGUGAUUAUUGACAGUACACAAAACUUGAUUUCGAUUCAUAACGAUGGCAAAGGCAUUCCAGUGACGAUGCAUAGCAAAGAAAAAGUUUAUGUACCAGAAUUGAUUUUUGGUCAUUUAUUGACUUCUUCCAAUUAUGAUGACAACGAAAAGAAAGUAACUGGUGGACGAAAUGGUUAUGGUGCCAAAUUAUGCAAUAUAUUCAGUACAGAAUUUCGAGUAGAAACUGGGGAUGCUGAACGUGGUGUUCAAUAUUCGCAAGUGUUUCAAAACAACAUGUCAGUCAAGAAGGCACCCAAAAUCACGUCUUUUAAAAAUAAGGAAUUCACUCGUAUCUCAUUCAAACCUGAUCUAGCCAAAUUUGAACUUUCCCAAAUGGAUCAAGAUUUUGAAUCCCUAAUCAAGAAACGUGUGUAUGAUAUGGCUGGUUGCGUGUCUGGUGUCUCUGUCUCUUUGAAUGGUACUAAAAUUCCUGUCAAAGGUUUCCAAAAGUACAUCGAGUUAUAUACCAAAUCAAUGGAGAUUCGAAAUGCAGAAGGAAAAAAACCUAUUAUUUUUGAUAAGGAUGGACAAAAUGAACGUUGGCAAGUUGGUUUCGCUGUUAGUGAUGGACAAUUCAAUCAAGUUAGUUUUGUAAAUAGUAUCUCAACUUCAAAAGGUGGUACUCAUGUGGAAUACAUUGCUGACCAACUGAUCAAAGCUAUCACUCCAAAAGUUCUCAAGAAUAGUGGCACUAAAACAAUCAAGAAACAUCAAAUCAAAUCUCAUAUGUGUAUCUUUGUCAAUUGUUUGAUCGAAAACCCAACUUUUGAUUCACAAACUAAAGAAACAAUGACUCUUCGUGCAAGUGCUUUUGGUUCCACUUACAAACCUAGUCCCAAAUUUAUUAAAGAUGUUGAAUCAUCCGGUAUCAUUGAUAACAUUGUUAAAUUUGUCAAAUUUAAAGAACAGCAACAAAUGACAAAGGCUGAUAAAGGCAAGAUGGCAAGACGCUUGGAUAUUGAAAAAUUGGAUGAUGCUAAUCUUGCUGGAGUUCGACCACACAAUAAGCAUUGUACUUUGAUCUUGACAGAAGGUGAUUCCGCCAAGGCUCUCGUAUUGAGUGGUUUAUCAGUGGUGGGACGUGACAAAUAUGGCGUAUUUCCAUUACGAGGAAAGUUACUUAAUGUACGUGAUGCCUCCAACAAGUCGAUCUUUGAUAAUACCGAAAUUACGCAUAUAAAGGCUAUUCUUGGUCUUCAACAUGGUGCUACUUAUACUUCAGUAGAUCAACUUCGAUAUGGCAAGUUAAUGAUCAUGACAGAUCAGGAUUAUGAUGGUAGUCACAUCAAAGGUCUUGUUAUCAAUUUCAUCGAUAAAAUGUUCCCUAGUCUUUUGGAUAUUCCUGGUUUCUUGUUAGAGUUCAUCACUCCUAUUAUCAAGUGUACUCAUAAAAGGACAAAACAACAAAUCUCGUUCUUCACUAUUCCAGAAUUUGAAACAUGGGCUUUAGAAAACAAUCAAAGAAAAGAAUGGUCUACCAAAUACUAUAAGGGUCUGGGUACCUCAGAUAAGAAGGAUGCACGUACUUAUUUUAGUGAUCUGGAAACACAUCAAAAAGAAUUUCAGAUUGCUGAUACUGAAGAUCGUGGUUUGAUUGACAUGGCUUUUAGCAAAUCAAAAGUGAAUGAUCGUAAAGAAUGGUUGACGACUUAUCGGAAUGGCAUGUAUAUUGAUCAUAGUGUAAACAAAAUCAAGAUUUCCAAUUUUGUCAAUCAGGAAUUGUUACUCUUUAGUAUAAAUGACAACAUGCGGUCUAUCCCUUCGAUGGUGGAUGGAUUCAAGCCAGGACAACGCAAAGUCUUUUUCGGGUGUAUCAAGCGUGGUAGAAAUACUGAAGUCAAAGUGGCUCAACUUGCAAAUUAUGUUGCUGGUGUGACUCAAUAUCAUCAUGGUGAAGCCAGUGUAGCUUCCACUAUUAUCAAUAUGGCUCAGGAUUAUGUGGGUAGUAAUAAUGUCAACUUACUUGUUCCCUCUGGGCAAUUUGGUACUCGACAUGAAGGUGGUAAAGCUGCUGCUAGUCCUCGUUAUCUCUUUACUCGUUUGGCCAAGAUAGCGCGCUACGUCUAUCAUCCUGAUGAUGAUGAAAUUCUUGACUACUUGGUGGAGGAAAAUACAUCCAUUGAACCUCUCUGGUACAUGCCAAUCCUCCCUAUGGUUUUAAUUAAUGGUGCUGAUGGUAUUGGAACAGGGUGGAGUACUACCAUUCCCAAUUACAAUCCAAGAGAUAUUGUUGAUAAUCUUAUACGCAUGAUGGAUGGUGAAGAAAUAGUGAAAAUGAAACCUUGGUACCGUGGAUUCAAGGGUGUCAUUGAAGCUGCAGGACCUGUCAAAUACACAGUUGAUGGAAUUGCUCAUGUAACAGAUCAGGGCAAGAUUAAAGUCACCGAAUUACCUGUGCGGUAUUGGACAGAAAACUUCAAAAAGCAUCUAUCCUUAUUACGUGAACCCAAAGACAAGAAAAUGGAAUUCAAAAUUGAAGAAUUUAGUGACAACUCAACGGAUAGUACAGUGGACUUUACAAUCGAACUGGAUGAAGACAACAUGAAAAUUGUGGAAGACAAUGGAAUUUUGAAAUCAUUGAAACUGCAAUCAUCACUUUCGACCAACAAUAUUGUAUGUUUCAAUCAAGAUGGAAGGAUUCAGAAAUAUGAUACACCUGAACAAAUAUUGCAAGAGUUCUACCCGCUACGUAUGACUUAUUAUGAAAAACGAAAAGAUCAUCUGUUAUAUGUUCUCCAAGAUGAUUAUGAUCGCCUUCACAAUAAAGCCAACUUUAUUGAACUUAUUUUAGACAACAAAUUAGCUUAUUACAAUCGAAAAGAAAAGGACAUUGUGGCUGAUAUGGAAAAAUUAGGUCUUCAAAAGAUUUUUUCUCGAAAACAACGCAACAUUCUGGCGACGGAUGAUGAUGACAAUGGGGAACAAGGUGAAUCUGGAAAGCCAAAGGAUCAAGGUGGUAAUGAUGCAGGUUAUGACUAUCUCUUUAGUAUCAAUAUCCGUGGUUUCACAGAGGAAAAACUAGUAGAACUUCGAAAGCAACGCGAUAAAAAAUUGGAAGAAUUGAAAAUCGUCAAAAAUACUGCACCAACUACCUUUUGGAAGAAAGAUCUCAUGGAAUUCUUGGAACAAUGGGAUCUUAUACUCAAGGAAGAUGAAGAGUUGGCUCGCUUUGCUAAACCUAUUGCACCAUCCAAUAUCACUAAACGUAAAAGAAAGCGGGGAUGAUUUGAUAUCUCACUCAAGUGUUCUUGAUCUAGCUCGUUUUAUAUCUUAAUUAUAUCUAUAUUAUAUAUUUUUACAUCUAUUAUCAAUAAAGCCAUAUCUUUUUUAGCAAGAA